CUUGUGCCUCUUUUGGUAGGGCAGGAUAUGUAGCACAGCAGCCUCGACGUCGAGCCCCCACAAGAGGGUCUGGCCUCAGAUCUGACUCGACUGGGUCAGAGUCCCCCACUUCAAAAAAAAAUACAUAUUGAAAACAUUAUGGCAGACAACCACCAACUCGAGCAGGAGAUCCCCAAGGAAGCUCAGAACGAACGAGAUGGCAGAGCGGAGGAAGGAGGCCCAUCGACAGGCUCGUCAUCAUUAUUCAAGAAACGCAACAAGAAGAUCUCUCAGAACCAGAUCAUCAGAAAACGGACGAUCGAUUCAGAACCUGUAACGACGACGACGACGACGAAUCAGGAUGAUCCCAGUCUUUCUCAGAUCAAGAAAUCAAAACUGGUGCACGAACAAUCGAAUCAAGAGCAGCAACAGCCGGUUGUCAAAUUCAACCGACGGAAAAACCAGCGGAAUUUCAAUCCGCUAUGUCAAGCCACCCUUGGAUCCUCCAAGCGCUCGAAAGCUGACCAAAGCGGCUCCUCAUCGGACGAGGAGGAGGAAGAUGGGGAGGAAGAUGAUGACUCGAAGCCGCGAGCAGUCGGCGUGGCCUACCAAGCUCAAGGCUCGGCACGACAACAAGCCGAGGAGGCCUACCAAAAAGCGAUCCUGGAGAAACGCGAGCUCGAUCAACACGCCCGUCAAGGCCUCGAGCCGGACCAGGCCGAGCCCGAACCAGGCCCAGACCCUAAGAUCUAUCUCGGCACCUCCAAGAGUAAAUACCAAUUGCCCAAGGGCUCUCAGAAGUAUGGCCCUAUCAAGGGCGGACCCAACAACAUCAAAACGAUCACCGUCGUCGAUUACCAGCCCGAUGUCUGCAAGGAUUAUAAAGAGACUGGAUAUUGUGGUUUCGGUGAUACUUGUAAAUUCUUACAUGAUCGAGGUGAUUACAUGCACGGAUGGCAACUAGAUGAUGCAUUCAACUCGUCGAGGAACAAGAAAACGGAUGGGGCGGAAUCUGAAGAAGAAGAAGAAGAAGUGCCGUUUGCAUGUUUGAUAUGCCGUCAGCCGUUCACCGACCCGAUCGUGACCAAGUGUCACCACUACUUCUGUUCCGGCUGUGCGAUCAAGCGGUUCGCCAAGACGCCGAAAUGCUUUGCAUGUGGGACGCCAACGGGCGGGAUCUUCAACAAAGCAAGUCGGAUCAUCGAAAAGAUGAAAGCUAAACAGGAACGGAUCAAGAGACAGAAAGAGGAGAGAAGGCUCGAGGAGGAAGGCCUUGCGGGGAUCGAAGGCCUCGAGACCCUUCCCUCUGCCGACCAGGCUCUCGAUGAAGAGGAAGAAGGAUCGGAGCGUAGCUUUUACGAAGACGAAUAGCAAGCUGUAUUAUUAAAAAAAUGUUUUUUUUUUUUUUUACGCUUUGGUCGGCCGAAAGCUUGGCAGAGAUCUUACCUCCUUGAUGGGCAGAAACUCUAUGACAAAAGUAAGAAUUAUGUAUAAUCGUUCGAGACGAG